GGAAUCUCCACUUCACAAGGAUUAAACUUGAUAUUUUUGCUAAUGGUGCGAAGUUGUUUCCUAGUAUCUAUCGUGGUUUAUUAGAUUAUAGUAACAGGACUUUGGAUUUUGGAUUUUAGACUCUGAACUCUGAACUUUGAACUUAACGUUGAACUCUACCUACUCGCCUGUUCGCCUGCUCGCCUGCUCGCCUACCCUUCUCCUACUCUUCUACCCUUCUACCCUUCUACCCUCCUACCCUCCUACCCUACGACUUCCGUGCUGUAUCAUUCAUUUUAUAUCAUUUGGCACCAGCCGCACUACCCUUUCUCUCAUCUCACCUCGUACCAUACUAUAUACACCUCACACUUAUUAGAAACUAUAAUGUCACACUUAAUUUGAGCAGAAGAAGAAAAGAGAGAGAAGAAGAAAAGGGCAGCCGCACCAAGAUAUACGCAUCAAACCUUCUUUCUUCCUCCAUCCUUCCUUCUCUUGUUCCUCGAGUUCUAGAUCUGCAAGCUUUUAAUAGAACCACACACGCACACAUACAGAUACACAUACACAUACACAUACACAUACACACACACACACACACAGCCAGACCUCUUGAGAUCUAGAAAAUCUUCCCGUUCUAGAUUGCUUGCUUGUGUCCCUUCCAUAUCAUCCAUCCAUCUAUUCCAUCUAUUCCAUCUAUUUCUGUUCUUGUAAGUCGUUAUCCAUAAUCCGAUCAACACCUUACACCCCCGGAGAAACAUCAUCGUUUAUCACCCAUAUCACCUUAUCACCCAUAUCAUCAUUCAAUCUCGUUUCUCCAAAUGAUCCUCCGGGAUUCUCCAAAAAUGACUUCCCGUUAACCGUGUGUGUUGGCCUACAGCUUUUAUUAUACUUUAACACCUUUUAAGGCAUUCUUUUUAUUUUUUCGACCGACACGACGGCCCGUGCAUCUAGAAAAAGGUCAUUUGUACUACUGGGUACCUGGAACCAUCGUCCCUUUUUUAUAUACUCCCGUCUCGAUCUAUAUAGAGGUUAUCCUCGCCCACAUCGUCGUCGACACACCAGGUUACUCAGGGGGAAGGGAACAAUCUCGUGUGAUAUUCCUGUCAUCGGACAGGUUCCCGCGCAAACAUGAUGGAGAAGGGUGGAGAUAUGGCUGGUCCUUCCGCCAACAAUUCCAGCGAUUUUGUCCGAAAAUUAUACAAAAUGCUCGAAGACCCAACAUAUGAAAGUAUAGUACGGUGGGGUGAAGCAGGAGAGAGCUUUGUGGUUCUUGAAAACGAGAAAUUCACCAAACAAAUCCUGCCGAAGCACUUCAAACACAGCAACUUUGCUAGUUUCGUUAGACAGCUGAACAAAUAUGAUUUCCACAAGGUCCGACAGAACAACGAGGAUAACACACAAUCUCCUUAUGGGCAAAAUGCUUGGGAAUUCAAACAUCCCGAAUUUCAAGCGAACAAAAAGGACUCACUAGAUAACAUCAGACGAAAGGCACCAGCUCCGAGAAAGGUUGCUCAGAGUAAUGAAGAAACGUAUCCGGCUCACGCCCAACAGCAAAUGGAUCUUCUUGGUAAUCAACUCGCCGCCACUCAACAACAGUUACAGGGCCUAUCUCGAAGUUACCAGGAUUUAGCACAACUUAACAUAAUGCUACUACAGCAAGUUGUCGAUGCUCAAAAGUUCAUCAAAAACCACGAAGGAGUUAUGCAUGGCCUCGUCGGACAUUUAUUUAGCCAGGACGCGCAACGAAGAAAUGGUCGGGCUCCUGGACUGUCGAAUGGUGCUGGACCCAACAUGCUCGGUCGACCUACGGAAGAUGGCCAUCCGUCAACUCCAUUGCUUCAAGCCCGAAGUCUUCUUGGGCAACUAUCGGCCGAGAAUUUCCCUAGCAAAGAAUUGGAACAAAUGAGUCACGAUUAUCAUUUACGACAAGAUUACUCAACUCCCCCAAAUGAUCCAGGAGGACUGGUUUCUAUGCCUCCGAUUUCAGAGUCAGUGACUGCCCCAUCAGCAGGCUAUUCUAUGGACAAAUCAGAAUUGGAUAAUUUGGUCUAUCCUGUUGGUGCUAUAGUCGGUAUUGAUCCAAUCGAUCAACAGCACGUCAAUAACAUUCCAUACGCGCUCCCCCCUCAAGGAUUGAUGCCAAGGGAUAGUAUGCCCCCUGCCGAGCUGAUGCCCCAACCUCCUCGUGCACCCGGUCCGCGCAAGAAGGGUAUGGUCUCGAUUUGGGGCGAACGGAAGCCUAGGAUUUUGCUGGUUGAGGAUGAUCAGGUGUGCGCACGAAUUGGAACUAAAUUUCUGGAAUCAUUUGAAUGUGGAGUUGAUAUAGCACGCGAUGGCCUUGAGGCAGUAAGCAAAAUCAACCUUGGUGCAGAGAAUCAUUUCGAUCUCAUUUUGAUGGAUAUUAUUAUGCCGCACCUUGAUGGUGUGUCUGCGACUGUUUGCAUACGAGAAAUACGUGCAAAUAUUCCUAUCAUUGCAAUGACGUCAAACAUUCGAACUGAUGACAUUGAAAUGUACUUCCGUUACGGUAUGAAUGAUGUCUUACCCAAACCUUUCACGAAAGAAGGUAUGAUGAAAGCACUUGAGAAACACCUGGCCCAUUUCAGAAAGGAUGCGCCUUCAAUCGGUUUCUCAAGCCCCGGACCGAUGUCACAUCCGGGUGGAUUUGUUACCCCAACUCAAUCGCAGUCUCACCCUCCAUUGGGUUUAAACAUGGGUCAAUUAACUGCCACCCAGUCCAUAGUAGAUGAUACAGCUUCUGGAAAGUCACCGCAAACAGCUACAUCUUGGCAGUCGCCAAUUCAAUUGCCAGGGGGGUCUCCUGUUGUAACCUCGGCCCCAGGUAGCUAUAUGCAGCCUACUAAUGGCAUGAGAGACCCAUCAUAUUCUGUGACCCCAACCCACCCUCAUUCUCAAUCUGGUUUCGCUCCGCCUCUAUCCGGUUUAGGUAACCAGAGACCUCCACAUAGGAGAGGCAUAUCCGAUAUAAGUGGUGCCAGUACCCCGGAUGGCAAUUCUGAUCAAAAACGCCAGAGAAUGUAUGCCCCGCCUGGAAACUACCAGCAAGGCUGAAAUCCCCUCCCCAACUGCCGACAUUUAUUUUCAAGAAGACGAGCCACUUGAUUCCAGAAAUCUUGUUGUUCGAUCAAGCAAGAAUAACCCA